CGCCUCAGUUGCACAGAAGCGUGGACGUGCAUGAUGCUCAUCAAAGGCUGAUGGUACCAACGCAUAAGAAGCACUUCUGUUCUGUUGCACCUCGCCGCGGCCCGCUGAUGGAGACUCGUUGACCAGCCUUCCUCCAUCAUAGCGCCGCUCUUCUUUUUGUUUCAAACGCUUCUACGUGCUCGGGGAGGGUAACGUCAUUCCGUAUUUUUUGUGGAUUGUCACUUCCGGGGCAGGCGCGGCGGCGAAUUAGCCGACCACUGGCCAACAAGUUGGUCGGCCUCGAUGCUCCGUGCGGGCAAGAUGGAGGAGUUUGUCACGGAGGAAGAAGAGCCGUGGUACGAUCAGCAUGACUUGGAGCAAGACUUACACUUGGCAGCGGAGCUCGGCAAAACCCUCUUGGAGCGGAACAAGGAGCUGGAGGAUUCCCUUCAGCAGAUGUACAUCAACAAUGAAGAGCAAGUGCAUGAGAUCGAGCAUCUGUCCAAGCAGCUCGACAUGCUCCGAGAGAUGAAUGAGCAGCACGCCAAAGUUUAUGAGCAGCUGGACGUGACCGCCAGAGAGUUGGAGAUCACCAAUGAGAAGCUGGUGCUGGAGAGCAAGGCCUCGCAGCAGAAAAUAGACAGGUUGACGGGCACCAUGGAGACCUUGCAGGGUCAGGUGGACAGUCUGACGGGUCGGGUGGAGGAGCUGCGCACUUUGGAAGAGCUGAGGGUCGUCCGGCAGAAGAAGGAGCGCCGCAAGACGAUCCACUCCUUUCCUUGCCUCAAAGAACUCUGCACUUCACCAAGUUACGAGGACGGUUUCCUGUUGGCCAACCCCGGCAGCGUGGACCUCGCCGAGAGGCAGCCGGCCGAGGAGGAGAACGAGCGCCUGAGGGACAUCGUGACGUCCUUGCGUUCAGCCAUGGCCGCCGAGCGUUCCAAGAGGGAAGGCGCCGAGCGGGAGUGCGCCGCCGUGCUGCACGAGUUCGACCGCCUGGAGCAACGUCUGCUCGGCGCCGAGGGCUGCCAGCUGAGAGUACGCGAACUGGAGGCCGAGCUCCAGGAGAUGCAGCGGCUGAGGAAAUCCAGGGCGUGUCUGAUGGAGGACGGCAUCGAGACGUUGCUCGGCAACGGGCCCGAGACGGACACGCCGGAUGAAACGAGCGCGGUGGACGCGGGAGGCGAAGUCGGCACCGGCGAGCCGGGGGGGGGCCCCGUCAGGAAAAGCUGCAGCGACACGGCCCUGAACUUGGUGAUGGUGCGCGAUCCGCCGGGUAGGCGCCAGGCGGGCCGCAAACGAGGCAUGUCCAUCCUGAGCGAGGUGGACGAGCAGUACCACGCCCUGCUGGAGAAGUACGAGGAGCUCCUGGGAAAGUGCCGGCGCGCCGAGGAGGGCCUUUGCCACGCCGAGGUCCAAACGUCACGCCCCGUCUCCAGGGACCCCUCUUUGAAGGAGUGCGGCGCGGCCGCCUCGGCCGCGGGCUCCUCGCCCGCUCGCCCCCGCGCCCCCUCCACGCCGGAGGCCUUGGAGGGCAUCAGCAGGCAGGUGGAGCAAGUUGACAAACGUCUGAGUCAGAACACGCCCGAGUACAAAGCGCUCUUCAAGGAGAUCUUCUCCCGCUUGCAGAAGACCAAGAGCGACGUGAGCGCCACCAAGGGCAGAAAAAGUGGCAAGUGACUUGAAGAGGUGAAUUUCUUUUCCCCGACUGGGUCUGGCUCCCCCCCCCCCCCCGAAAUGUUUCGUAACGCUAACCGCCAGAGUGUGCUGCCUUCAUCUCCCUCGCACGCGUUGUGAACAACUGUUGGUCAAUUUUGCAGGCAUUAAAAACAAAAGCAUU